AUGGCUCCCAUCUCAGGCAAAAAGCGCACUUCCGCACGCGCAAAAUCGUCGCGCGCAGCCCGCCCGCAGGUCACUCUCCCCACACCGACCGGCGAUGCGCUCUUCUCUUCGUCCAAGAAAGACAAACAUGCCAGCAAGCACUCUGCAUUCGUUAGCAAGAUUGAAAAGUCGUCGAAGAUCCAGAAGCGGCGGCGACCGAACAAGAAGCUGGUCACAAACCUCGAGUCUCUCGCGGAUGCUUUGUCUGGUUUGGAAGAUGGCGAUGGAAGCGGCGAGGUUGUCGUUGGGCAAGCGAAGAUACAAAAGAAGAGCCUGAAGAGCAGACCUGGAGCUAUGAAGAAGAAGGAGAAACUGGAAAAGCUGGAGAAAGAGAGGUUCAACAUGAAUUUGGCACAGAUGGCGACGACUUCAGCAGCGAGCAGUGCUACGGGGAGCAACCCUUCAGCUGAUCGAUGGGCAGCAUUGAAAAACCACGUGAAAAAUACCGCAGAGAUCAAGUCGGAAUUUCUGCAAAGGUGA